AUGGCACCACCCGGGCCCCCACCGUACACGAUGGAGCAAAUCAGCGCGAUGAGCACAGAUGAAGAGCGGUUACGAGCGCGCGCCGAACUGAACAGCUACAUUGCGCGCAUGAAGAAAGAGCAGCAGGAACGACUUGCAUCCUCGAAUGGCCACGCGAACCACGCCGAUGGCGGCGCAUACUCCACAAACGGCUAUGCGCCUCGCGGUCGCGGCGCAUUCAAUGGCUCGAAUCGAGGAGACCCGCAUCGCGGAGGAUAUGCCUACGGAGGGCGAGGGGCUGGCUACCACCCGUACCAGCGCCAACCUCACGGCGUCAAAUUCAAGAACCGGACCGUAGUGUUCAACAAGCCAGACGCAUCUGCCGAGGUCGCUGGCACCGACACUGCUUCGACCCCCAGUUCAGCGCCUCUGUCGACUGCUCACUCCAGACAGAACAGCCAGCCACCCGCAGACCUGAAACAGCUUUGCGCAACCUUCACAUCGACAGGCCUAUGUACCCGCCACGGCUGCCCCCUCGUCCACGAUCCACACAAACAGGCGCUCUGCAAGCGCUGGCUCUUCAAGAGCGACUGCAACAGAGGGGCGCACUGCGCUCUGUCCCACGAGCCCACGCCGCACAACGUCCCGACCUGUCUCCAUUUUCAAGAGGGUCGGUGCACGAACGAGGAGUGUCGUUUUGCGCAUAUCCGUGUCAAUCCCGCAGCCCAAAUUUGUGAUGCGUUUGGACGUCUUGGGUAUUGUGAAAAGGGCGCCGAGUGCGCGGACCUGCAUGCGUACGAGUGCCCGGACUUUGCGAACAAAGGCGAGUGCAUCCGCGGCGACAAAUGCCAACACCGUCACGUCCACCGUGCGUCUCGCAUGCGCAAGACGGCUGGCCGCUCGACGCCAGAAGACCGGUCCGGGGCGACUUCCCCGGACGUCGAGAACUUGGCGCGCAGCUGGAGCCCUGACGCUUCUCGCGCGCCCCUGUUCACAGAACAGGUCGACUUUGUCCCUCUCGAUGCCGAGGGGUGA